AUGGCGACAACCCGGACCCAGACCGAGAUUGCCUUGGAGAAGUCGGCCGCCCACCAUGUGGAGGAUACACUAGGUGUCGGCGCUGUCAUCGAGGCGAAGCAGGCUACCGAUGAAGAACAUGCACAAACCCUUUUCCAGGCUCUGCGUGACAACCGCAAGGCCGUGGCAUGGUCCGUCUUGAUAUCCAUGUCAAUUGUCAUGGAGGGAUACGAUACUAUCCUGAUGGGUAAUUUUAUGGCCUAUCCAACUUUCCAGAAGAAGUAUGGCCAGUGGUAUGGUGAGGAGACCGGGUAUCAGGUGUCGGCCCCGUGGCAGACCGGGUUGAGCAUGGCCAGUACGGUCGGUUGUAUCUUUGGUGGCCUCCUCAACGGCUACUUUGCCAGCAAAUACGGAUAUCGCAUCGUCAUGAUCAUCGCCCUGGGAUUCUUGACCGCAUUCAUCUUCGUCGUCUUCUUCGCCAACUCCGCUGCCGUCUUGCUCGUCGGUCAAAUCCUUUGCGGUCUGUCCUGGGGUGUCUUCGCCACGGUUGGGCCCUCUUACGCAUCGGAGGUCUGCCCGACCAACCUGCGUGGUUAUCUCACCGUCUAUGUAAACAUGUGCUGGGCUAUCGGUCAGCUGAUUGCCUCCGGCGUGCUGUACGGACUAGUGAGCCGAACCGAUCAAUGGUCAUACCGUAUCCCCUUCGCUCUGCAGUGGAUCUGGCCCGUCCCAUUGAUGGUUGUGUGCUGGUUGGCUCCGGAGAGUCCCUGGUAUCUGGUGCGCAACGAUCGUCUGGAGGAUGCCAAGCGUAGCCUCCGUCGCCUGGGAGGAAAUAAAACCGAGGAGCAAAUCAACGGUCAGUUGGCCAUGAUGGUCCACACUACCAAGCUCGAGUCCGAGAUCGAGGCUGGCACCGCGUACUGGGACUGCUUCAAGGGUGUUGACUUGCGCCGCACGGAAAUCUGCUGUGUCGCCUUCUUCGGCCAGAUUCUCUCCGGCAGCACUUUUGCGUACUCCCCGACGUACUUCUUCGAACAGGCCGGUAUGCAUAGCAACCGGGCUUUCCAGCUAGGAGUCGGCUGUACCGGAGUCGCCUUUGUCGGAACCGCUCUGUCCUGGUGGCUGAUCACUUACCUUGGUCGGCGAACCCUGUACGUUUGGGGCCAGGGUAUCCUGUGCACUCUGCUCUUCCUCAUUGCCAUUGUGAACUCGGCCUCGCACACUUCGGGCGCCAUGUGGGCACAAGCCGCAUUCUGCUUCAUGUGGCUGUUCGUCUACUCGCUGACCGUUGGCCCCAUCGCGUAUGCCAUCGUGUCGGAGAUUUCCUCCGUACGUCUGCGCCCCUUGACCGUCUGCCUGGCGCGCACGGCGUACCAGGUGGUCAACAUUAUUUCGCAGGUGCUGGAGCCGUACUUCAUGAACCCGACGGCUUGGAACGCGUCUGGUAAGACCGGCUUCUUCUGGGGUGGCACGGCCCUGAUCGCCUUCACCUGGGCCUUCUUCCGUCUUCCUGAGCCCAAGGGGCGUACCUACGCCGAGCUAGACCUUCUCUUCGCGACGAAGGUUCCCGCACGCAAGUUUGCUUCCACACAUGUUGACGCGUAUGCCGUCGGUGCGUCUCCCUCGCAGGAGGGUCUUGUGCGCAAUGAGACGACCCAGGAGGUGAAGGAGUGA